AUGACUUUGAACAGCACUGUGGAGCUCAAAGGCUCUGAGAAUAUCACUGAAGUUACCAACAGUACUUUGAAACAACACCAAGUAACCUGGACUCAGUUCAGCCUGACUUUGUUCACAUGCGUGGUUGGCUGCUUGAGCAAUGGCACAGUUAUCUGGGUGCUGGGCUUCAGAAUGAAGAAGGGUGGUUUUUUCACCUAUGUGUUGAAUUUAGCAGUGGCUGAUUUUGCAUUUUGUGCCAUGUAUGCAACAGAGAUCCCCAUCUUUCUAGAUCAAAGCAAUUACCCAUAUGGGGUUUGGGGCUGUCGGCUGGACACAUACUUCACCCGGCUGUUUGUCUAUGCCAGUACAAUCCUCAUCGCCUGUAUCUGUUUUGAACGCUGUCUGGCAAUCCGUUAUCCUAUGUGGUACAAAUACCGGCGCCCUCAGUGGGUCCCAGCAGUCACCUGCAUUGCUGCUUGGGUUUUUGCUGCUACCAUAUUGAUUGUUUACCCUGCUAGCCUGAUUAUUACUACCCGUCCUGGCAGCCCACGAAAGUGCCGUAUCAGGUCUGAAACUGCACUCCUCUUCAUCGCCUUUUCUGAGCUUACCACAAUCUUCCUGCUGCCGCUGUGUGUGAUCAUCACUUGUCAUGGAAUCAUCAUCCACAGGAUGGUGAGGGAGGAUCGUAAUGGUGCCAGGCGGAGCAAAGUAAACCUUACAGUCUGUGCUACCACCACACUCUUCCUGCUCUGUUGGACACCCUUCCAGGGAGCAACUUGCCUUUCUAUCGUGAACAUUCUGUUUUUCAAGAAGAAUGAAAGUCUAAAUGCCAUUUAUCUUUCAAUAUCCAGCUAUUCCUCUGUCCUUGUCUACCUCAACAGCUGUCUCAACCCCUUUGUCUACCUCCUUCUUGGCAGGGACAUGAAAAAAAGGAUCAUUGUGUCACUACCAUGCCUACAAGGUGUGCUUGAGAGAGCUUUUACUGUGUCCAGUUCAGAUGUUUAA